AUGGAGCACCAGGAACAUCUACGUGCGGUAUUUUCGCGUUUCAGCGAAUACGGUAUUUUAUUAAAUACAAAUAAGUGUGUAUUCGCCGUGCCGCAGGUGGAGUUUCUGGGCUACCUGGUUUCUUCGGAAGGCACUAAACCGGUUGGUGACAAGGUGAAGGCUAUUCUCGACUUUAAACUACCUAAAACUAUCAGGGAUCUUAGGCGGUUUUUAGGAGCAUUAAACUUUUAUAGACGCUUUAUACAGGAUGCUGCCAAGCUUCAGGCUCCUCUCCAUGCACUACUUAGUGGUCCAUCGGUGAAGAGCAAGAGCAACAUUAACUGGACUGCUAACCUAGAAAGCGCUUUUAGUGCUUGCAAGGCAAGCAUCGCUAAUGCCGCUCUUCUGGCUCAUCCAGAUAUGUCUGCUCCGUUGGCCAUAGUAACUGACGCAUCCAACUCCGCCAUUGGUUCAGUAUUGCAGCAGAAGGUCCUAGGUCAUUGGCAGCCGUUAGGAUUCUUUUCGCGUAAGCUUUCACCAACGCAAAUUAAAUACAGUGCAUAUGAUCUUGAACUCUUAGCUAUUUACGAGUCAGUAAAAUAUUUUCGACAUAUGAUAGAAUUAAAACCCUUCUUUAUAAUGACUGACCAUAAACCAAUUAUUUCAGCCUUUAAGAAGUCCCGCGACGCUUGCUCCCCGCGACAAUUUAGGUAUUUAGAUUUUAUAUCCCAAUUCACAACGGAUAUCCGUCACAUUACCGGGAAGGACAAUGUUGUUGCGGAUGCGUUAUCGAGAACGGAUGCAAUAACAUGGUCGCUAGACCCUAUUGCCUUAGCAGCUUCUCAGGACACGGACUCAGAACUCAAAAAUAUUUUGCGAACCGGUUCGUCUCUCAAGUUACAGAAGGUCUGUAUUGGUGGUACGAAAAUCUUCUGUGACAUAUCUGGGCCCAGACAUAGACCAUUCAUAACACCUGCAUUCCGUAAAAUGGUUUUUGAUAAUAUUCAUGGACUUAGUCAUCCAAGUGCUAGGGCCACUAUCAAAUUGGUGACAGAGAAGUAUGUAUGGCCGGGCAUUAGGAAGGAUUGCCGGAAUUGGGCGCGCUCGUGUAUCUCAUGCCAGAGAUCGAAAGUAUCGAGACACGUACACGCCCCUAUCCAGGAUUUUAAGCUUCCUACGGCCCGUUUCUCUCACGUUCACGUAGACUUGAUAGGUCCACUUCCCGUCUCUGAUGAUUACCGAUACUGCUUCACAGCUAUAGAUAGGUUUACCAGGUGGCCGGAGGCAGUGCCGUUAAAGGAUAUCAGAGCGGAGAGUGUAGCAAAAGCUUUUAUAUCAUCGUAG